UUUGCAUGAGAGAAAUUUCAGCCAAACGUCUCAGAUUUCAUUCACUAAAAGGUAAUAAUUAUAGUUUUUCCAGCCUAUAAAUAACUAGUCAAGCUGUUCAUUUGGAGCAAUUAGUUGGUUUCAUCUUCGGGAACGUAGAGACAAUACUAUUUCAGAGGAGAGCCGAACACUUCUAGAAUGAUAUCAACGUCAAAAUAAUAGCAGAUGAAAACAUUAUUGCAUCAUUCAAGAAUUUACUAAUCAUGCGUCAAUAGGUCACCUGUAAAUUAGCUCAUCUACAGUGAUAUUUGAGAUCAGAUUGUUAUCUCUACAAACAUGUCCAGUGCUGCAGAUAGCAUCUCUAUAAUCCUAAUAACUGGAGAAUUCAUAAUAGGAGUAUUGGGGAAUGGAUUCAUUGGACUAGUCAACUGGGUUGAUUGGAUUAAGAAGAAAAAGAUCUCCACAAUUGACUGCAUCAUCACCAAUUUAGUUCUCUCCAGAAUUUGUUUGAUCAGCGUAAUGGUUCUAAAUGUCAUUUUAAUAGUACUUUACCCAGAUGUUUACACAAAGAGGAAGCUAAAGAUAGUCAUUUGUACCUUCUGGACAUUUGCCAACUACUUAAAUAUGUGGUUUACCACCUGCCUCAAUGUCUUUUACUGUCUCAAGAUAGCUAAUUUCUCUCACCCACUUUUUCUCUGGCUAAAGUGGAAAACUGACACGGUGGCUCGCUGGAUCCUGCUGGGAUGCUUUGCCAUUUCCUCGUUGGUCGGUCUUAUAGUACCAAUCGUGCUGAGUUGUGAUUAUAAGUUUCAUGCAACUGCAAAGCAUAAAAGAAAUAUUACUGAAAUGUUCCAUGUGAGUAAAAUGCCAUCCUUCAAACCCUUGACUCUCUUUAACCUGUUUGCAAUUGUCCCAUUUAUUGUGUCACUGAUAUCUUUUAUCCUUUUAGUAAGAUCUUUAUGGAGACACACCAAGCAAAUAAAACUCCAUGCUACCAGCUGUAGAGACCCCAGCACAGAGGCUCAUGUGAGAGCCAUUAAAACUAUGACUUCAUUUAUCUUCUUUUUUUUCCUGUACUAUAUUAUUUCUCUUUGGGUGACCUUUAGCUAUCUUAUUACAAAAUAUAAAUUAGCUAUGGUGUUUGGAGAGAUCAUAGCAAUUCUCUAUCCCUUGGGUCACUCACUUAUUUUAAUUAUUUUCAAUAAGAAACUGAGGCAGGCAUCUGUCAAAAUGCUGACUUGUAGAAAAAUUGCCUGCAUGAUAUGA